UUGAAUUACAAGUAGCUUAUACCUACCAAAAGUCCAGCACGGCCUGUCCGAUAAAUCACCGGACUUAAGUCUACCCUACCCAAAUCUAACCCAAAAAGAAAUUUCGCCGGCUCGCAAAUAGAGUCCUGCACCAAUUUGAGGGAAAUAAAUUUUGUGUUUUUUGUAGGUGAAAACUGAAAAAUGUGAUUGACCUAAACAGCAAUGCUAUUAUGGAGAAAUAUUAUAUUCAAGCAUAGAGCCAAACACAACUCAUGGAAUUAUGCCAUUUGGUUGAUCACCUUCCACCCUUGAAGUCACCCCAACAGACAGUUUGUCCGAACAUAGAUCUGAGCUCUUUCAUUCUUUAAAGUAUGGAAGGGCUCUACUUGUGCUUUUGGCUCUCUUUCCUAAUCCCAUCAACAAUUUUACACCACAAGACAUGGGCUCUGAAGACUAGGUUGGAAUCGGAGACCGAGUUGCUGAGUCGGGAGUUGUUGGAAUCGGCGAGGGAGGCUGAGUUCUUCGACUGGUUGAAAAGGGUUCGGAGAAGAAUUCAUGAGUACCCUGAACUGGCCUUUGAAGAGCACCAGACGAGUCAGUUGAUUAGAAAAGAGCUUGACUCGUUAGGAAUCGAGUACUCGUGGCCUGUUGCCGGGACUGGGGUGGUGGCUACAAUUGGAUCUGGAAAACAGCCUUGGUUCUCUCUUAGGGCUGACAUGGAUGCCCUCCCAAUUCAGGAAUUAGUAGACUGGGAGUAUCAGAGCAAGAUCAGUGGUAAAAUGCAUGCUUGCGGUCAUGAUGCCCAUGUAACAAUGCUUCUUGGAGCAGCCAAGUUGCUUCAAAGCAAAAGGGAUCAGUUACAGGGCUCUGUUAAGCUUGUUUUUCAACCUGGAGAAGAGGGUCAUGCAGGAGCUUACCAUAUGUUAAAAGAAGGUGCUCUGAAUGGGUUUCAAGCUAUAUUUGGAUUGCAUGUAUCCCCAGAGUUGCCUACUGGUGUCAUAGGUUCUAGACCUGGUCUAAUGAUGGCAGGUGCAGGCAGGUUUCUAGCAGUAAUUCAAGGGGUAGGUGGACACGCAGCUAGCCCACAUAAAACAAGAGACCCAAUUCUUGCCGCAUCUUUUGCAGUCAUAGCGCUCCAACAGAUUGUUUCUCGAGAGACUGAUCCUCUAGAUGCCAGGGUGGUCUCAGUUGGAUUCAUAGAGGGUGGUUAUGCAGGAAAUGUAAUCCCUGAGACUGUGAAACUCGGAGGCACAUUUCGGAGCAUGACUUCUGAAGGUUUCUCAUUCCUGCAGCAGAGGAUCAAAGAGGUUAUAGAGAAGCAAGCAGCUGUGCACCGGUGCACUGCCAUGAUUGAUUUCUUGGAGGAGAAACUAAGGCCUUAUCCACCAAUGGUCAAUGAUGCAGCAAUGUAUGAACACGCAAAAAGUGUCGGCGAAGCCCUGUUUGGUAGAUCUAAUGUGCAACUCCUCUCAACGAUUAUGGGAGCAGAGGACUUCAGUUUCUAUUCGCAGAAAAUGCCGGCUGCGUUUUUCAUGAUCGGUGUGAAGAAUGAAACGAUGAAAUCUUAUGAAGGGGCUCACUCUCCUUACUUUACUAUUGAUGAGGAGGUUCUUCCUCUCGGAGCAGCUCUCCAUGCUGCGGUUGCCAUUACUUACUUGGAUGGUAAUGUUGAGAUUCAGUAAGGGCUUGUGUACAUACAUAGCUGGAAAUGAAAGAUUAUGGGGGGAAUAGAAGUUGAUGUAUUGCAAAAAUCAAUAUAAAUUUCAGAAUUGUUAACAUGGUCAAUGCUAGAAUCGAACUGAUGUGAUUAGUCUUGAUCAUCUCAAUCUUGUCCUCCCAUCUAGUGUGAAGUGUUUAAUCUCUUUCUUUGCUUUUUCCUUCUUUUU